AUGACUGUCCUCGAGUCCGUUAAGAGCGCUGUGGGUCUCGCAGAGAAUUCUGCAACCCGCCAGGAGAUGUCGGAGGCGCGUCUCCCCAUGCAAUACAGAGACUCGUGCGCACACCUUCUGAUUCCGUUGAACCGGUGCCGCCAAGCAGAGUACUACCUUCCCUGGAAGUGCGAGGAUGAACGCCACUCAUACGAGAAAUGCCAGUACGAAGAGUUCAAGAAGCGCGUGGCCAAGAUGGACGAGCUGCGCGCUGCCAAGGAGGGCGCCCGGAGCAACUAG